UGGAGAUGAAGGAAACCAAACAGUUCUGAGAAGAAGAAGGAGACCUGAACGACUUAAGAAAACCCCCGAGAAGAGCAAAGAAGCCUGGCAUGUUGCUCUAAUUUGAUCGGCUGCAGUAUUUCACUAAUUGACGGAAAAAGAAAAAAUAAACUUGAUAUCUGAGUGCCUUCAUCACAAGUCCUCGAGCAGCGAUGGACUCCGUCUACAGCUGUCAGUUAGAUGGCAAGUCCCAGAGCACCACUCGUUUCCAGGUGAGCAGAGUCAGCGACACCCACGACGUCAGUUCAAACAUGCAAGGCAACAACGAGGAACCCCCACUUUACGAGGAAACCUCACUUGCGGAUGGAAUAAGUGCACCCAGAAUGAGCUUCAGACCUGAAGACAGGACCAGCAAUGUCCACUACAAUGGGGACACCAUCAAGACGGACACGGGUUUCCAUCCCUACGACACCACUUCUAAUCCCUAUUACCUGCGCACCUUCGGGCACAACACCCUGGACCCCGUGCCCAAAAUCGACUUCUACCGAAACACUGGCAGCCUCAGCGGGAUCAAAAUUAUCCGACCGACGCUUGAAGACCUCCAUGAAGAGUUCCAAAAAAAUAUGGCUGCUGUACCGGGCAGUGCUGAAGUGGCAGUAAAUGGUGACGGCGUGCCGACAGAUGAGGAAGCUGCAAAGGAAGAAGAAUCUCAGGGCGGAUUUGUGAAGUUUGGAUGGAUCAAGGGUGUGUUGGUCAGGUGCAUGUUGAACAUCUGGGGAGUGAUGCUCUUUAUUCGUCUGUCCUGGAUCUUCGGUCAGGCGGGCAUUGGUCUCGGCGUUAUUAUUAUUCUUCUGGCUACCAUGGUAACCUCAAUUACCGGCUUGUCAACGUCAGCCAUUUCGACUAACGGAUGUGUCCGGGGAGGUGGCGCCUACUACCUCAUAUCAAGAAGCUUGGGCCCUGAGUUUGGUGGCUCCAUUGGUCUUAUUUUUGCCUUCGCAAAUGCAGUGGCCGUGGCCAUGUAUGUCGUUGGAUUCUCUGAAACGGUUGUGGAACUGCUUAAGGACAGUGGGGCACUGAUGGUGGAUGAGGUCAAUGACAUCCGAAUCAUUGGGUGCAUAACUGUGGUCCUCCUGCUUGGAAUCUCAGUUGCUGGGAUGGAAUGGGAGGCAAAGGCUCAAGUUCUUCUCUUGAUAAUCCUGCUGAUUGCAAUUGCAAACUUCUUCAUUGGAACAGUCAUCCCAACCACCAAAGAAAAGAGGGCCAGAGGAUUUUUCAACUAUCAAGCUUCUAUAUUUGCUGAAAAUUUCGGGCCCGAUUUUCGAGAAGGUGAAGGCUUCUUUUCCGUCUUUGCUAUAUUUUUCCCUGCAGCCACAGGAAUUUUGGCAGGAGCCAACAUCUCUGGUGAUUUAAAGGAUCCUCAAAAUGCAAUUCCCAAAGGCACCAUGCUGGCAAUUUUAAUCACGACAAUCGCCUACCUCGGUGUUGCCAUUUGUGUAGCUUCGACGGUUGUGCGUGACGCCACAGGAAGUAUGAACGAUACCAUCAAAGCCAGCAUGAACUGCAAUGGCUCAGCGGCCUGCUACCUGGGAUAUGAUUUUUCAUCCUGCGUCUCUGAGCAAUGCAAAUUUGGGCUGAUGAACAAUUUUCAGGUCAUGAGCAUGGUGUCUGGAUUUGGCCCUUUAAUCACGGCUGGCAUUUUCUCAGCCACACUUUCCUCAGCCCUGGCGUCCCUUGUUAGCGCUCCCAAAGUAUUCCAGGCUCUUUGCAAGGAUAACAUCUACAAGGCACUUCACUUUUUUGCUAAGGGGCAUGGGAAAAACAAUGAGCCAAUCAGAGGAUACGUUUUAACAUUUGCCAUUGCAGUUGCUUUCAUUCUAAUUGCUGAGUUGAACACUAUCGCCCCCAUCAUAUCCAACUUCUUCUUGGCUUCAUACGCCCUCAUCAACUUCUCGUGUUUUCACGCGUCCUACGCCAAAUCUCCAGGGUGGAGACCCGCCUAUAAGUAUUACAACAUGUGGGUCUCUCUGUUUGGAGCCCUGCUGUGCUGUGGGGUGAUGUUUGUCAUUAACUGGUGGGCAGCACUCAUCACCUAUGCGAUCGAGAUCUUCCUCUACAUCUACGUGACAGUCAAGAAACCAGAUGUGAACUGGGGCUCUUCGGCACAAGCUCUGACAUACAUCAACGCUCUCAGUGAUGCCCUUGUGCUGACUGGCGUGGAGGAUCACGUGAAAAAUUUUAGGCCUCAGUGUAUCGUUCUAACCGGUGCUCCAAAGACGAGACCAGCUUUACUUGACUUAGCCCACUCAAUCACCAAGGGCUACGGACUCUGCCUCACCAGCCAAGUGUUCGCAGGACCCCGGAAGCAAAUGGUUAAAGAAAUGAACAUCUCUAUGGAGAAGAAUCAAGCCUGGCUGAACAACAAUAAAAGAAAGGCCUUCUAUGCAGCCGUGGCCAGCGAUACCUUCCGUGAUGGCGUCAAAAGCCUCCUUCAAGCUUCCGGUAUAGGCCGCCUGAAGCCUAACACCUUGGUGAUAGGAUUUAAGCGCAACUGGAGGAGCGCCAGUGCCACAGAUGUUCAGAAUUACAUUGGCGUGUUACAUGAUGCAUUUGAUUUUGAAUUUGGAAUAAUGAUUGUCAGGAUAGGCCAAGGAUUUGACAUUUCCCAAGUCCUACAGAUGCAAGAGGAAAUGGAGAAACUGGAACUAGAGCGGCAGGCACUCGAUGCGGCCAUCAAGAGCGAAGAAAUGAAUCAAGAGAACACGGGAAUUCGCAGAUUGUUCAACAAAGCCAACAGAUAUAAUUUUUCCCGGCAGAACGCAAAAGAAAGCACUCUCAGUUCUCCACAGUCCAUGCGUGCCGGAGAGUUUAACCAGAGGCUUGUGGAGGCGAGCACCCAGUUCAAAAGGAACCAAGGCAAAGGCACCAUUGAUGUGUGGUGGCUGUUUGAUGAUGGAGGUUUGACUCUUCUGAUUCCAUUCAUCCUCAGCACCAGAAAGAAGUGGAAAAACUGCAAAAUGCGCGUCUUUCUUGGAGGCAAAGCCAGCCGAAUCAAUGAGGAUAAAGCUACAAUGAUGUCACUCCUGAUGCAGUUUCGAAUUAACUUUGCUGACGUUCAUAUCGUUGGAGAUGUAGAUGUGAAGCCAAACAAGGAAAGCUGGAAGUUCUUUGAGGAGAUGAUUGAGCCAUACCGCCUCUACGAAUGCUCAACUGAUUCGGCCACAGCAGAUAGACUGAAGAGAGAGAGUCCCUGGAAGAUCACCGACUCAGAACUGGAAAUGUUCAAAGAAAAGACGUACAGACAGGUUCGACUUAAUGAGCUGUUACAGGAGAACUCCAGAGCAGCUAACCUGAUUAUUGUGAGUUUGCCAAUAGCAAGGAAAGGCUCAGUCUCCGAUUACCUCUAUAUGGCCUGGAUGGAGAUUCUCACCAAGAACCUGCCUCCUGUAGUUAUGGUCCGAGGAAACCACAAAAGCGUGCUGACCUUCUAUUCUUAACGCAAGAUUUUUCUUUUGUGUAGCUGGAGGAUAAACAGCCAACAGUAAAUGUUAUUUACAAAAAAAAAAAAA